AUGCUCCGGGUUUGGAGCGAUUCUGGGGACGAGGUGUUCGCCACGCCGACUGGUGAGCUAAAGGAUGUGGCAGCACUCAAGCAGUCACUUCGGACGUUGCACGGCUUUCCGCUAUGCUUGCAGCAGCUUGCAUACGAAGGCAGAAGUUUGGACGACUCUGCACAGCUGGAUAAGCCCAUGGACUUGCAUCUCACAUUGGCAUCGGUUCCCGAUGAUUUGAACCCGAGUCAGAAGGCGGAGAUUGCAAGUGAGCUCGUAGGAUACGCUGCGCGGCAAAGUAGCGCUGAGGUGGCGGCCAGGAUGCUAAAAGGGGGAGUUGACAAGGAUUUGUACGAUGCUUCCAGCGGGAGCACAGCUUUGCUGGCAGCAUCCGGCAGCAACCACAUUGAGCUUGUCAGCUUGCUCUUGAGUUCGCGAGCCAGCACGGAGCUGCAGGAUCGCGGUGGCAACACUGCUCUCAUGCUCGCAUCGGGCCACGGAUACGAUCAGGUUGUGCGCCUGUUGGUGAAAGCCGGUGCCCAUAAGGACUUGCAUGGACGUGCUGGCGACGUGUCCAUCAUUCGUGCAUGCGAGCGGCGUCAUUUGGAGGUUCUUCUUGUUCUUUUGAAAGCCGGUGUUAGUUGCGACGCCUGUGAUCCUGAGACCGGCAACUCGGCCCUUUUCAUCGCGUCCUACCGGGGCCACUCCGAUAUUGCAAGCGUGCUGCUGGGUGCUCAUGCCGACUCCGAUUUCCAGGACCCUCAGGGCAAGACUCCUUUGCUCGUUGCUGCCGAGAGAGGCAACUUGCAGGCUGCAAGGGUGCUCUUGGAUGCCUACGCUGAAGCAGAUUCUUGCGACAAUCACGGUAACACGGCUCUCAUUCUUGCAUCAGACAACGGCCACAUCGAGACCGUACGCCUUCUGAUGCAACGUGGAGCUGACAAGGAAAUUCGCAAUCAAGCUGGGCAUGACGCACUGACAAGUGCCGCUAUGCGAGGACAUGUCCAGAUUGUACGUCUGCUUUUGACGCUCAGGCAGAUCGUUGGCCGUCGCGACUAUCGUGACAGUACUGCGAUGAUUCUAGCAUCAUCCGCGGGCCAUGAUGAAAUAGUCAACAUGCUUCUUGAGGCUAGUCCUGAAACGCCCCCAGAGGGACGCCUCUCUCGAUUCUUGAGGGAAACUUUAGGCUGCUGGAGGCGACCAUGA